AUGCCAAAGAUCAAAUCGGAUACGGAAGAUAUGUAUCUUCGCGCCACGCCUAUCCCUCGAGCUCUGGAGUCUCUCCAACAAGCCUUCUGGGGCAUGUACCCGGCCAGUGCUCGUACGCAAGACUUCCCUCCACCGGUGAUUGUUGCUCGCUCUUUCUCGGAUGAGACACUCUUUCCUAAUGAGGGUAACUGCCGACGGUUCAGGCAACUGGCCCGGCUGUUCGCUGAUCGUGCCGCGAAAAGAUGGAACGAUUCCGAACAAAUGAACUAUCUCAACAGCCUCUGGUCUAAGUGGAUGCCCGAAGCCUCUCCCCGAAUCGCCGUUGACUCCCAUCCCCGCCUCUCCGGUAUCCAAGACACGAUCAACGCGACCGAUGCCCAUGGGCCCGCCACGAGACUACCCGCGGAGUUCUAUGACAAGAAAGCCCGCGAGUACACCAACACCAUCGCCGUCGACGAGUGGUUCGCAGGAUAUGCGGAGAGUAGGGAAUACCGGAAACUCGGGAUCGGCGCCCUGAUGGGCGACGUAGUCGACCGUAUGGUCAACGCCGCUGCCAACGGCGGCUGGCGCAGCGAGCGCUCCGCGUCUGGCUCGUCCACGGAGAACGGCAAGGCGAUCAAGUUCGCCAUGAGUGGGUGCCACGAUACCACCCUCGCCGCUAUCCUGGGCAGCGUGGGCGCCUUUGACGCCAAAUGGCCGCCUUUCACCUCUUCGAUCGCUAUUGAACUCUUCUCCCGGGUGGAGAACCAACCUCCAUCGUCACCUUCCCCGUCCGCCAAGCAAAGGAGUCUCGUCUCGUACCUCACGGGGCAUGAUGCCGUGCCCUCGUCCAACACGGACCGCACCCCGCUUUCCUCUCUGCCAAACUCAACCCGGCAGGCAUUGCAAAACCACUACGUGCGUAUUCGAUACAAUGACGUCCCGGUCCGGAUUCCCGGCUGCGCAGCGAAAGCGGAGAACCAUCUCCCUGGCGACGAGACCUUCUGCACGCUUGAUGCAUUUAAGCAGAUCGUGGAUAAGUUCACGCCCAAGAACUGGAGGGAGGAGUGUGUACAGAAUCUGGGGGAGGGACUGUACGGUAAGGACGAUGCGGAGAAGGCUGUUGCCGGGUUCUAG